CAACUUAUAAUUUUACCAUAUGUUCUAUUAACUCCAUUGGACAAACCUGCACGGAUGGAAAAUUCAGUGUGACGACCUCACAAGAUGCACCUGGAAAACCACGUAAUCUUACUGUUAUGCCCAAUUCGUCCGAAAGUCUUUAUAUCUCUUGGAAACCACCAGUAAUUUUAAAUGGUAUCAUCACAACAUAUGAAUUGAGAUUGUGUCUAACUCGCGAUGGAAAUGGAAAUGACUUUGAGCCUUGUGUCCACCAUUUGUCCAACAUCGCCUUACCAGCAAACGCACGUAACUUUAAUGCCACUAAACUGUGUGCUUUUUGUAAAUACCGAAUUCAACUCAGAGCAAAAACAAUCAAAUUUGGAGAGUUUGUGUCAACAACAGGAAGAACUAAGGAAAGCGUGUCCAGUGAACCCACGAAGGUCAGUUUAACUCCGUUGUCACACCAUCAAUUGCGACUUUCUUGGAAAGCACCGUCCAAUAAGAAUGGCAAUAUAACUGGUUAUAAAAUCACUUGGAAAAUCGUGGGCAAUGACACUAAUCAUCCUGUUGAUGGUGAAUUGAAAACGAAGAUUGUUAGAGAUGAUGUGUUAUCAUUUGAUAUAACAAAUCUGACGGCCCAUUCCGAGUACAUUGUCACCGUGAAUGCUAUAAACGGCGCUGGAAAUGGUUUAAUUGUAACCAAAAUGGCUUGUACUAACGAACACGUUCCUAGUGCCCCCACCAAUGUUAAGAUAAUUUCCGUGUCGUCAUCUCAACUAAACAUCACGUGGCAACCACCAGCCGAUCCCAACGGGGUCAUCACUGGAUAUUAUAUAACAUGGAGGAUGAUUAAGAACGACUUGAAUCAAUCUGUUAGCGUUUUGACUCGUAUUUCGUCUGCACUGAGCGCAAAAACCAGGAUGCACUCGAUUCAGAAUUUAGAACCUUAUUCGGUGUACAACCUGUCUUUAAAUGCUCAAACACGUAUUGGAAAUGGUCCUCAAGUUUUUGUCAAAUCUCGAACAAAACAAUCACUACCUGGUGAACCAGGAAGUGUUCAGCUGAUACCAGUUUCAGAAACUGUACUCAAUCUAACUUGGAAGUCACCGUCUGAUCCUAACGGGAUAAUAAUAGGAUACCGUGUUAUUUGGGAGAUGAUAGAAGAUGACAAAAACAUGUCCGUUUCUCAAAAUUCAAGAGUGAGGGUUAUAAAUGAUGGAACUGCAGUAUCGUAUCAAAUAGAAGGACUGGCGGCUUAUUCGGUAUACAACGUGUCCCUAAAUGCUAUAACUAGUAUUGGAAAUGGUUCUAAAGUUAAUGUCACAUCUCGUACCAAUGAAUCACUACCUGGUGAACCAGGAAAUGUUCAGGUGAUACCAGUUUCAGCAACUGUACUCAAUCUAACUUGGAAGUCACCGUCUGAUCCUAACGGGAUAAUAAUAGGAUACCGUGUUAUUUGGGAGAUGAUAGAAGAUGACAAAAACAUGUCCGUUUCUCAAAAUUCAAGAGUGAGGGUUAUAAAUGAUGGAACUGCAGUAUCGUAUCAAAUAGAAGGACUGGCGGCUUAUUCGGUAUACAACGUGUCCCUAAAUGCUAUAACUAGUAUUGGAAAUGGUUCUAAAGUUAAUGUCACAUCUCGUACCAAUGAAUCACUACCUGGUGAACCAGGAAAUGUUCAGGUGAUACCAGUUUCAGCAACUGUACUCAAUCUAACUUGGAAGUCACCGUCUGAUCCUAACGGGAUAAUAAUAGGAUACCGUGUUAUUUGGGAGAUGAUAGAAGAUGACAAUAAGAACACGUUUGUUCCUCAAAAUUCAACAGUGAAGAUCAUAAAUGAUGGAAGCGCAGUGUCGUAUCCAAUAGAAAAUUUAGCGGCUUAUUCGGUGUACAACGUGUCCCUAAAUGCUAUAACUAGUAUUGGAAAUGGUUCUAAAGUUCAUGUCACAUCUCGUACCAAUGAAUCACUUCCUAGUGCCCCCGCCAGUGUUAAGAUAAUUUCCGUGUCGUCAUCUCAACUAAACAUCACGUGGCAACCACCAGCCGAUCCCAACGGGGUCAUCACUGGAUAUUAUAUAACAUGGAGGAUGAUUAAGAACGACUUGGAUCAAUCUGUCAACGUUUUGACUCGUAUUUCGUCUGCACUGAGCGCAAAAACCAGGAUGCACUCGAUUCAGAAUUUAGAACCUUAUUCGGUGUACAACCUGUCUUUAAAUGCUCAAACACGUAUUGGAAAUGGUCCUCAAGUUUUUGUCAAAUCUCGAACAAAACAAUCACUACCUGGUGAACCAGGAAGUGUUCAGCUGAUACCAGUUUCAGAAACUGUACUCAAUCUAACUUGGAAGUCACCGUCUGAUCCUAACGGGAUAAUAAUAGGAUACCGUGUUAUUUGGGAGAUGAUAGAAGAUGACAAAAACAUGUCCGUUUCUCAAAAUUCAAGAGUGAGGGUUAUAAAUGAUGGAACUGCAGUAUCGUAUCAAAUAGAAGGACUGGCGGCUUAUUCGGUAUACAACGUGUCCCUAAAUGCUAUAACUAGUAUUGGAAAUGGUUCUAAAGUUAAUGUCACAUCUCGUACCAAUGAAUCACUACCUGGUGAACCAGGAAAUGUUCAGCUGAUACCAGUUUCAGCAACUGUACUCAAUCUAACUUGGAAGUCACCGUCUGAUCCUAACGGGAUAAUAAUAGGAUACCGUGUUAUUUGGGAGAUGAUAGAAGAUGACAAUAAGAACACGCACGUUCCUCGAUAUUCAAGCGUGAAGAUUAUAAAUGAUGGAAACGCAAUGUCGGAUCAAAUAGAAAAUUUGGCGGCUUAUUCGGUGUACAACGUGUCCCUAAAUGCUAUAACUAGUAUUGGAAAUGGUUCUAAAGUUCAUGUCACAUCUCGUACCAAUGAAUCACUUCCUAGUGCCCCCGCCAGUGUUAAGAUAAUUUCCGUGUCGUCAUCUCAACUAAACAUCACGUGGCAACCACCAGCCGAUCCCAACGGGGUCAUCACUGGAUAUUAUAUAACAUGGAGGAUGAUUAAGAACGACUUGGAUCAAUCUGUCAACGUUUUGACUCGUAUUUCGUCUGCACUGAGCGCAAAAACCAGGAUGCACUCGAUUCAGAAUUUAGAACCUUAUUCGGUGUACAACGUGUCUUUAAAUGCUCAAACUCGUAUUGGAAAUGGUCCUCAAGUUUUUGUCAAAUAUCGAACAAAACAAUCACUACCUGGUGAACCAGGAAGUGUUCAGCUGAUAUCAGUUUCAGCAACAGUACUCAAUCUAACUUGGAAGUCACCGUCUGAUCCUAACGGAAUAAUAAUAGGAUACCGUGUUAUUUGGGAGAUGAUAGAAGAUGACAAUAAGAACACGCACCUUCCUCGAUAUUCAAGCGUGAAGAUUAUAAAUAAUGGAAACACAGUAUCGUAUCCAAUAGAAGGACUGGCGGCCUUUUCGGUGUACAACGUGUCCCUAAAUGCUAUAACUAGUAUUGGAAAUGGUUCUAAAGUUUAUGUCACAUCUCGUACCAAUGAAUCACUACCUGGUGAACCAGGAAAUGUUCAGCUGAUACCAGUUUCAGCAACUGUACUCAAUCUAACUUGGGAGUCACCGUCUGAUCCUAACGGGAUAAUAAUAGGAUACCGUGUUAUUUGGGAGAUGAUAGAAGAUGACAAAAACAUGUCCGUUCCUCAAAAUUCAAGAGUGAGGAUUAUAAAUGAUGGAACUGCUGUAUCGUAUCAAAUAAAAAAAUUGGAACCUUAUUCGGUGUACAUCGUUUCUAUAAACGCUAUAACUCGUAUUGGAAAUGGUUCUGCAGUUUAUGUCGCAUCUCGAACCAAACAAUCACUACCUGGUAAACCACAAAGAGUACAACUUAUAUCAAUUUCUGAAAACGUCCUCAAUCUAUCUUGGGAUUCACCGUCUGAUCCUAAUGGAGUUAUAACUGGAUAUAGGAUUGGUUGGAGGAUGAUAAAAGAUGAUAAAAACGUGACCAGUAUUAACGUUUUAAGAACAGAGAUUGUAAUUGAUGGAACCAAGAAAUCGUUUCAAAUAGAUGAAUUAGAACCUUAUUCGGAAUACAACGUGUCUUUAAACGCCAUAACUAGUAUUGGAAAUGGUUCUAAAGUUUUUGUCACAUCCCGAACUAAUCAAUCACGACCUGCAUACUUAUUUGUGACACCUAAGACUCCAACAGUUUUUGAAAACAGUUCUGUUAUUCUGUCUUGUAAUUGUGGUUGUAAAAUCCUGCCAUAUUGGUUUAAAGAAAAUCAACAAAUUCAUUACGAUGAACCAGGAACUCCAUACGUUUUGCUAUCAAAUGGAAGUUUGUACGUCAAUGUUUCCAGAGAUACGGCCGGAAACUACAGCUGCGAAAUAAGAACUUCUUUUUGGAGUGUAGCAUCGAUGAAAGUUGAGCUAAAAGUAUGGUAUCUAGAUGAUUGUUAUGUAACGGGUGACAGAAAUCUUCACCAAGGAGAAAAUAUAAGCUUGAGCUGCCAUACAGACGGAGUUCCAUAUCCUGCAGUUACAUGGUAUUUUAAAGGUGAACCAAUUGCGCAAAAUUCUAGAAUAUUAAUAAAGGGAAAUCAUUUGAAAAUUUUCAAUGCUUCGAUAAAUGAUGAUGGUGAUUACUCCUGUGUUGCGUCCAACCAAGUCGGCAAAGUUUCGCAACUAAUUCACAUCAGAGUUAAAGGUAUACCUUCUGUUAAAAUCUCGACAUAUAUUUCCAAGUAUAUUGUGGAGGGUACAGAUAUGCAGUUUACGUGUCAUAGAGAGGAUUGGAUUUCUAUUCAGCACAUCCAAAUAGUCGAACUCGUUAAAGACGGUAUUCCUUUAUUUAAAUGGCGUUGGCGAGGAUCAAAUAUAUCCACCCCAGUGAUUAAUGCAAGACAAAAUUACACAGGAAGAUACCAGUGUAAGGCAACCAUUGGUGCUGCAUCUCGUUUCUCUGCACCCUUCAUUUUAACAAUUGGAAUUUCAUCUGGACCUGUCGUUUUGGAAGAGGACCCAAAAACAAGUGCAACAGGAGUCAAGAUCUCAUGGAAACCUAUUUCAAAAAGGUUUUGGAGUGGUGAGCAAGUAACAUUUGAAGUAAAUGUAUCUUCAGUGGAUCAUAUCUUGAAGAAAUCUCAUUUGACGAAAACAACCGGUGCAAUAUUCUCUGGUCUACGCCCCAAAACAACUUAUAUUGUGUCUAUAACUGGAAGAACAGUGUUUGGUCGUUUUCAAAAUGUAACGGUUAUAUUUGUAACGACUAAAGAAAAUAAGAAUAAUAUGAAAUACCAGCUGAGUAUACGGUUGAUCGAUUAUAAAUUUUCAAACAAAUUAUUGGAUGAAACGUCGAGUCAGUACAAGAACUUGAAAUUUAGACUUGAAAACUCGCUCACGGAUAUCUUCAAAAAGUCUGAAAUUGGUUUUCAUUACAUAAGUUCAUGGGUUUUCAGUUUUCAGAAGGGAAGUGUUGUGGUGCUGGUUGUCGUCUCGUUGGACACUCAAUUCAGAGAAGAUCCAAAAAAACUUGUGAAAGAGUUAAACAAAGCUAACACAAUUGCUGGAUAUAGAUUUGACAAAUUGUAUACAAGGGAGAAAGAUUUUGAUGAAUGUGCGAAGAAAGAAUUCAAUUCCUGUCACGAGUACGCCCAUUGUGAAAAUGCAGUUGGAACCUACCUUUGUGAUUGCUUCAAAGGAUUCUUUGGUGAUGGGAAAGAGUGUAAAGGCCCUCCGCAAAUAACAUCAAGAUCGCCUUCAAAUAUCACACAGUUUGUCGAAACCAACGUGACCCUAGUUUGCAACGUGAUCGCUGAUCCUCAUCCUAUCAUCUUAUGGAAACGUGCUGCUUCGGAUGGCAAGUUCGUGGAAUUAAAACGUACAUCAGAGAAAUCCGAUGGAAAUUUUACAAUUUUUAAUGCACGGUUAGAAGAUUCUGGAACAUAUCAAUGCCACGCAUCAAACCCACUUGGUUACGACUCCUACACAACAAAAGUAAUAAUCAAACCAGUCAUCGUUGAUAUUGAUGUGGAGAUAAAGCUUUCUAACAAAACAUUCGUGGAAGAUUUGAAAAACAAGUCCUCUCCGACGUAUAAAAAACUCGAAAAUGACGUUUAUACUGAGCUUUAUAAUUUUUUCAAUAACACUCCUGGAUUCGAAGACAUAGAAAUUCUUGGGUUCACCAACGGAAGUGUCAAGGUAAUAUUUCGAGUCAUCGUCAAAGUUCUAAAACCGUCAAAAGAAUCAAAUGAUGUUGUUGCAGUGAAGAUUGGCCGUAAAAUAAAUAAACAAUUGAAGACAGGUCGUAUUGGAAACAUACAGGUUGUCCCUGGCGCAAUAAAACUUAAAGUGCCACCUCCUCCACCAGCCAACGUCACAUAUUCCGAUAUUAAAGAAACAAGGGUUCAUAUUUACUGGGAACCUCCGGAACUUCAUGAGAUGUUUUCUAUCGAGCAAUAUUACAUCACUUAUUUAAAGUAUGGUUCGAAGAUCUGGUCUAAUAACACUAUCAAUGCUGAACAAUUAACCAAUACUCAAUUGGAUAACCUGGAGAGUGAUACGUUCUAUAUUAUAAUAAUAAUUGCUGAGAACGCGUACGGCCUUGGUAAAAAAAGCAGCAGAAUGGAAAUUAAAACUAAAAAAGUGGAAGUUAUCCCCCUAUGGUACUAUAUUGGUCCUAUAAUCGGCCUCGCUGGUGUUGUUGUACUGUUGAUGAUAAUCUACGUUACAAGACGAGUUUUUCAUAGCGAUGUUUGGAAACUUGAAGAUAGGAAAUCCGAUUCGAACAGAAGAGAAGUGAAAACAUCUUUUCAAAUGAUCGAAAGGGAAAAUGAAAAAGAAAAUACUUAUCAAAACGUGGCAUUCUCAGACGGUGAGAUGAAUUCAGCAUGGAAGGAAAUUCUCAGAAACUUGAUUCGAAUAUCCGAUGAAGUCCUAAUUCCAGGAAAUUUCAACUUUCAAGUUGUACGGGGAACUAUUUUUUCCCCUCUUGAGGAAAAAAGAACGGCAUGUUCUGUUAAACUGCUAAAAGAAAACGCGAAAGUGAUUGACCACAAUGAUCUAAUGAAUGAACUGACCACCAUUUCUGCAGUAAGCGUCCAUGAAAAUAUUAUGAACUUGAUUGGUGCUUGCACAAGUAAAGAUGGUCCUUUACUUUUAGUUCUAGAGUUUUGUUCUCGUGGGACUCUCGAGAGUAAUUUGAGAGAAAAGAAGAAAAAUAAACAAAUGUUGACAAAAAAGACUAAAAUACAAAUAGCUAAAGAAAUUGCAAAAGGAAUGACACAUCUUACAAAUUCAGGGAUUGUCCAUCAGGAUUUAGCAGCUAGAAACAUUCUUUUGACUGAUGAUUUUACUCCAAAAAUAUCGAACUUCGGUGUUUCGCGGGACACUUACAAACGAGGAUCGUACCACAACAUUUCUCAGCAAAAUUUAGCAGUUCGAUGGUUGGCCAUAGAAGCUUUAACUAAUGGACUCUACACAACAAAAAGUGAUGUGUGGUCAUUCGCUGUUGUCAUGUGGGAGAUUGAGACAAGGGGCUGCACUCCAUAUCAAGAAUUUGAUGUCGAAGAUUUUGUCAGCCAUGUACGAGAGGGAUAUCGUUUGUCACAACCGGACGAAACAUCAAGUGAAACGUAUAAUUUUAUGCUCCAAUGUUGGGACGCAAAUCCAAAUCACCGACCAACAUUCCAUGAAGUUGUUAACAUCUUGGAAGAGCUUCUUCGAAACAACAAAGUGUGUUAAGAAACACAAGACAAAGCUUUCCUCACAUGUUCAUGUACAUUUUCCUUACAUUAUAAUUAAAAUACAUUUUAUUCGAAGUGA